AUGCUUGUGAUUCUUCUGGAUUUUCUGCUCAAAACACUUGCUUGGGGUGUUGGUGGUGUUUGCUUGCACAGGGAGCUCUUCAUUUCAAGGGAAAGAAGAUUACCAGUCUUCUUCAGAGCUUGGUGCUUCCUUUACCUGAUUGUUUCUGUCUACUGCUUUAUUGUGGACUUUGUCCUCUAUGAAAAAAAGCAUUCUGCUUUGCUCAUUCAGAGCUUAGUUUCUCAUGUUUUCUCUGUUUGUGCGUGUUUAUUCUUCUUUUACUUGGGGUUGUUUGUACAAAAUGAGGGUGGAAUAGGCGAUAGUACUCUUCAAGAAUCUCUGUUAGACGGUGAUUCAAAAGAUGAUGUGUUCGGGACAGAGAAGACCAAGGGGGGUGACACUGUUACACCUUACUCUAAUGCUGGAAUUUUUUACCUUCUUACCUUCUCUUGGAUUGGUCCUCUGAUUGCUGUUGGAAAGAAGAAGUCCUUGGACCUUGAGGAUGUUCCCCAACUUGACGAAAGAGACAGUUUAAUUGGAGCUUUUCCAACUUUUAGGGAUAGGCUCGAGGCACAAUGUGGAGCUAUUAACACAGUGACCACAGUUAUGUUAGUGAAGUCAUUAGUAUUCUCAACCUGGAAAGAGAUUAUUUUCACAAGCAUCCUUGCAUUGCUAAACACAUUGGCUUCUUUUGUUGGUCCCUAUCUUAUUGAUGGUUUUGUUCAAUUCCUUAACGAACAACGAAAAUUUGAACAUGAGGGCCUUAUAUUGGUGUCAGCUUUUUGUGUGGCAAAACUUGUAGAGUGCCUCACAAAGAGGCACUGGCUUUUUAGGUUGCAGCAGGUUGGAAUACGAAUGCGAGCAUUGCUUUUUCAUGACAAGUUGAUGGAGUCAAAAGAUGCAAGAAUGAAAACAACAUCUGAGAUUUUGAGGAACAUGAGGAUUCUCAAACUACAAGCAUGGGAAAUGAAGUUUUUGUCUAACAUAACUGAACUCAGAAGGAUCGAGCAAGGCUGGUUAAAAAAAUUUAUAUACACUUUAGCCACGAUCAUAUUUGUAUUUUGGUGUGCCCCAGCAUUUGUGUCAGUGGUUACUUUUGGCACUUGUAUGCUUGUAGGGAUCCCCCUUGAGUCAGGGAAGAUCUUGUCUACACUUGCGACAUUCCAGAUUCUCCAAGAACCCAUUUAUAAUCUUCCAGAGACAAUUUCAAUGAUGGCACAAACUAAGGUUUCGCUUGAUAGGAUUGCAUCUUUCCUUUGUCUCGAUGAGAUACAAUCUGAUUUUGUGGAGAAGCUCCCAUCGGGUGCUUCUAAUAUAGCAAUUGAAGUGGUUGAUGGAAAUUUCUCUUGGGAUUUAGUUUCUCCCAAAACAACAUUGCAAAACAUAAAUCUCAGAGUUUUUCAUGGCAUGAGGGUAGGUAUUUGUGGUACUGUUGGAUCAGGCACGUCUACUUUACUUUCUUGUAUAUUGGGAGAAGUACCAAAGAAAUCAGGGAUUUUGAAGUUGUGUGGAACAAAGGCCUAUGUAGUUCAGUCACCGUGGAUACAAAGUAGCACGAUAGAGGAAAAUAUAUUGUUUGGCAAGGACAUGGAAAGGGAAAGGUAUGAGAAGGUUCUUGAAGCUUGUUGUCUAAAGAAGGAUCUAAAUAUUUUGUCAUUUGGAGAUCAGACUAUCAUAGGAGAAGGAGAGAGGGGGAUAAAUUUGAGUGGUGGACAGAAACAAAGAAUACAAAUUGCUCGUGCUCUAUACCAAGAUGCUGAUAUAUAUUUAUUUGAUGAUGUGUUUAGUGCUGUGGAUGCUCAUACAAGAUCUCAUCUUUUUAAGGAAUGCUUACUCCAUCAUUUAAGCUCAAAGACAGUGGUUUAUGUCACUCAUCAAGUGGAGUUCUUGCCUACUGCUGACCUUAUUUUGGUGAUGAAGGAUGGGAAGAUUACUCAAUGUGGAAAAUAUAGUGAUCUGCUCAACUCACGCACUGAUUUUAUGGAACUUGUUGGUGCUCAUAAAGGAGCUUUGUUUGCACUUGAUUCAGUAGAUCGAGGGAAAGCAUCUGAUAGAGUAAGUACAUCACAAGAGGAUGUAAGUGUCUUUGUUUCUCAUGGUAUUGGAGAAAAUAAAGUAAAGAAAAAUGAGCAAAAUGGUGGAAAAAAUGAUAAAUCUGAUCCAAAAGGCCAGCUUAUCCAAGAAGAAGAGAGAGAGAAAGGUGAAGUUGGGUUUUCAGUUUAUUGGAAAUAUGUAACAGCAACAUAUGGGGGAGCACUUAUACCAUUCAUAUUGUUGGCUGAAAUUUUGUUUCAACUUCUCCAAAUUGGAAGCAACUAUUUGAUGGCUUGGGCAACUCCUGUCUCAACUGAUGCUGAGCCACCUGUUGGAGGAAGUACUCUUAUACUUGCUUCUACUGACCAAAGUGCAGUGGAUAUAGACGUUCCUUUUCAAACUGGAUCGUUUGCUUCCUCUGUAGUUCAUCUUCUUGGAAUUGUAGCAGUAAUGUCUCAAGUUGCAUGGCAGCAAUAUUAUUUGCCAUCAGCCCGACAACUAUCACGUUUAGUUGGGGUAUGCAACGCUCCUGUCAUUCAGCACUUUGCUGAAACAAUAUCAGGUUCAUCAACCAUCAGGAGCUUUGAUCAGGUUCCAAGAUUUCAGCAAACAAACAUGAAACUGGUGGACGGAUAUUCUCGCCCCAAGUUCAAUAAUGCUGCUGCAAGGGAAUGGUUAUGCUUCCGAUUAGAUAUGUUGUCUUCUAUUACAUUUGCCUUUUGCUUGAUAUUCUUGAUAUCUAUUCCACAUGGAUUCAUAGAUUCAGGUAUUGCUGGUUUAGCUGUAACCUAUGGCCUUAAUCUGAACAUUAUACAAUCAUGGAUGAUAUGGGAACUUUGUAGCUUGGAGACCAAAAUUAUAUCAGUGGAAAGAAUUCUUCAAUAUACUUCCAUUCCUAGUGAGCCUCCUCUUGUUAUAGAGGAAAACCAACCACAUGAUUCUUGGCCAUCAUGUGGCAGGAUUGAUAUUCACAACUUGCAGGUGCGUUACGCUCCACACAUGCCAUUUGUGUUGCAUGGCUUUACAUGUACAUUUCAUGGAGGACAUAAAACUGGAAUUGUUGGGAGAACAGGAAGUGGUAAAUCAACUCUCAUACAAACACUAUUCCGAAUUGUUGAGCCUACUGUUGGGAGAAUUAUGAUUGAUGGCAUCAACAUCUCAUCCAUUGGACUUUAUGAUUUGAGGUCUCGACUGAGCAUUAUUCCUCAGGAUCCAACCAUGCUUGAAGGUACUGUGAAAAGUAAUCUGGAUCCACUUGAAGAGUACACAGAUGAACAAAUUUGGGAGGCCCUUGACAAGUGCCAACUUGGAGAUGAAGUAAGAAGGAAAGAAGGAAAACUAGACUCUGCAGUUUGUGAGAAUGGAGAGAAUUGGAGUAUGGGCCAGAGGCAAUUGGUCUGUCUUGGUAGGGUGCUGCUUAAGAAGAGUAAGGUCUUGGUGCUAGAUGAAGCUACUGCAUCAGUUGACACAGCCACAGAUAACUUGAUUCAGCAAACACUCAGGCAACAUUUUUCUGAUUGCACAGUCAUUACCAUUGCACAUAGAGUAACCUCUGUCAUUAAUAGUGAUAUGAUUCUAGUACUUAAUCAAGGACUUAUUGAGGAGUAUGAUUCCCCAGCAAGGUUGCUAGAGGACAAGUUAUCUUCUUUUGCUCAACUUGUGGCAGAGUAUACCACAAGGUCCAAUUCCAGUGAUAAUAGUGGUGAAGAAGUUUGUGGAAGUUUGCCGCCGCAAAGAUAUCUUGUUCCGAAGAAGAAUCGUCACCGCUUUCCUCUGUCUUCGUGUGAUCGAAUUCGCAAACCAUCAUUUCAUAUAAAUUUGACAAGCAGAAAGGGAAAGAAGAAGAAGUUGACACAUGAUAUGGCCAAGAGACGGAGCAAUGCUAGCAGAAAGUUAUCUCAGCGCCAGAUGACAGAGAAAGAUCGGAAUAAAGUAAAAGCUUCAAUGAGUCAUCCAAUGAAAACUCGUGGUAGACCACGGAAGACAUCUCAAAUUCCAGCAGCUGCGUCACCACAUACGAAAGUAUCUUGUCCUUCAGAUCCACCUGCUAGGACAUCUAUUGUGACACCUCUACCUUCAAUACAACAGGUACACACUCCGUGUACUCCACAACUAAUAAAUUUAGAUUCAGAGUGCACCCUUCGAUCAAAGUUUGGAUUAGAGACACAGAGCAAUGAUGGCAAGCCAAUGCUAUACCUUGAUGGGCAAGGAAGAGCACUGGCGCAAGGAAAGCCUCCACCAAGUGAGUUAGAUGUGUGGUGUGAUGUAGCUAGAUCGAAGAAAGGAAAACUGUAUGGGCUGGAAGUAGAAUCUACAACAGUUAGAGGAAGGUCUUGCCAUCAGGGUUCAUGUUCAUCAAUGGAGUUGGUGAAACAACAUGAGUUUGAUGAACUGAGGAAGGAGAUUGAAGAAGUAAGAAAAGAAAGAGAUGAGCUUCAGGCCAAAGUUGCAAAUACUGAGCGGCUUCUUGAGGAGAACAAUGCAUUGAUUCGACAGAUGAUGGAAUGCAUUAAUGGUCAGCCUAUGUCAUCCAUGCACUCUGGAGGAAAGUCAAGGCUUGGACGAGACAAAGUCAUGUUCAAGGCUUUAUUGAAUAUGAUUGUCACAAGCAUGCUGGCAUAUUCGAAUUCCAACCUGCUGCAACCUAAAGAGCCAGUGACUCUUUUGCUAUGCUUACUUAGCUACUUUUACUUGUAUAAACAUGAUGGUUCAGAGGAGCUUGUCUUAGUUUCUGAUUUGACCCUCAAUACAGUUUGUUGGGGUGCUGUUUCUGCUUAUUUACGUUCAGGAUCAGGACUCCCAUGUUUGUUGAGAAUUAGUGCUGCCUUUGUUUCUUGUUGCCUUGUUUCUGAUAUAGGAUCCACUAUUACGGAUUUAUUUCUAUGUUAUAUUGGAUUUUCAGUUAGCAAUAUGGCUAAGCUUGCCACUCUUGAAGAGCGCCUUUUGAAUGGUGACUCUAGUGCAAUCAAGAAUUCUGAUCCCAGUGAGACUAGAGGAAAUGAAAAUUUAACCCGAUAUUCAAAUGCUGGAUUUUUCAGUAUUCUUUCUUUCUCAUGGAUCAGUCCAUUAAUAACUUUAGGAAAUGAGAAGACUUUAAUCCAUGAGGACCUCCCUCUUCUUGCUACUGAUGACAGCGCCUAUGGGCUUUUUCCAACUUUUAGAAAUAAACUAGAGUCGGAGUGUGGUAGUGUUCGAAAUGUUACCACUCUUAAUCUGGCGAAGGUGUUAUUCUUGUCAACAUGGCAAGGGAUCCUUUUAUCAGGUUUAUUUGCAUUCCUGUAUGCGUGUGCUUCUUAUGUUGGACCCUUUCUUAUUGACAUCCUUGUUCAAUACCUCAAUGGAGAACACAUGUUUAAAAAUGAAGGCUAUUUAUUGGCUGCGGCAUUUGUUGCUGCAAAGCUUGUGGAGUGUCUUUCACAGAGGCACUGGAUGUUUAGGUUCCAGCAGGUUGGGGUUAGGAUGCAAUCAAAGUUGGUUGCAAUGAUCUAUGCUAAAGGUUUGACUCUUUCAUCUCAAUCAAAGGAGGUUCGAAGUACUGGGGAAAUCAUCAACUUAAUGACAGUUGAUGCUGAAAGGAUUGGUGAAUUUUGUUGGUACAUGCACGAUCCAUGGAUGUGCGUUUUGCAACUUGCUUUGGCCCUGUUAAUUCUCUAUAGAAGUGUAGGUGUUGCUUCAUUAGCUGCCCUUGCUGCCACUGUAAUUGUGAUGUUGCUUAACCAUCCUGUGGCAUCAUUGCAAGAAAAGUUCCAAGGCAAGAUAAUGGAGUUCAAAGAUAAAAGAAUGAAGGCUACAUCUGAGAUUCUUAAGAAUAUGAGGAUUCUAAAACUGCAAGCAUGGGAGAUGAAGUUCUUAGCAAAGAUUAUUCAGCUAAGGAAGAGUGAGGAGGCAUGGCUAAAGAAAUUUCUAGCUGGUACAGCAAUUAUUCGAUUUCUCUUCCACAACGCCCCAACUUUUAUUGCAGUGGUUACUUUUGGUGCUUGUGUUCUUGUGGGGAUACCACUUGAAUCAGGGAAGGUCUUAUCUGCACUUGCAACAUUCAGAAUUCUUCAAAUGCCCAUCUACAGUAUUCCAGACACAAUUUCUAUGAUUGCACAAACUAAAGUUUCUCUGGAUAGGAUUGCAUCAUUUCUUCGACUAGAUGAGUUGCAGACUGAUAUAGUACAGAAGCUUCCAUGGGGUAGUUCUGAUAAGGCAAUUGAAUUAGUGAACGGAAACUUCUCAUGGGAUUUAUCUUCCCCUAAUCCAACACUGAAAAACAUAAAUCUCAAUGUUUCUCAUGGUAUGAGAGUAGCUGUAUGUGGUACUGUUGGGUCAGGCAAGUCUAGUUUACUUUCUUGUAUUAUAGGGGAAGUCCCAAAGAUAUCUGGGACCUUGAAAAUAUGUGGAAAAAAGGCUUAUGUUUCUCAAUCGCCAUGGAUACAGAGUGGCAAGAUAGAAGACAACAUAUUAUUUGGUAAAGAGAUGGACAGGGAAAAGUAUGAGAAUGUGGUAGAAGCAUGUUCCUUGACAAAGGACCUUGAGAUUCUACCAUUUGGUGAUCAGACCAUUAUUGGAGAGAAGGGAAUCAAUUUGAGUGGUGGACAGAAGCAAAGAGUGCAAAUAGCCCGUGCUCUAUACCAAGAUGCUGAUAUAUAUCUUUUUGAUGAUCCCUUCAGUGCCGUUGAUGCUCAUACAGGAUCCCAUCUCUUUAAGGAGUGCUUACUGGGCCUUUUAAAAUCAAAAACUGUGAUAUACAUAACACAUCAAGUAGAGUUCUUACCCGAUGCUGAUCUAAUAUUGGUCAUGAGAGAAGGAAGGAUAACUCAAUCAGGAAAAUACAAUGACAUUCUCAAGACAGGCACUGAUUUUAUGGAACUUGUAGGUGCACACAGUGCAGCUUUGUCUUCAAUUAUGUCCUUAGAAAGAAGGUCAACAUUCAAAACAUCACAUACCACCGAAGGGGAAACAGAUUCGUUAAGUGAUUUUGAACUUGAGCAAAAUGUGGUAAACAUAUAUGAUCAAAAUGAUAAGCCAAACGACACAGUUGAGCCCAAAGGACAACUUGUUCAAGAAGAAGAACGAGAAAAGGGUAGAGUUGGGUUUAAAGUGUACUGGAAAUACAUCACAACAGCAUAUGGAGGAGCUCUUGUGCCUUUCAUAUUACUUUCACAGACACUCACUGUGGGUUUUGAGAUUGCAAGCAAUUAUUGGAUGACUGUGGCAACUCCUGUUUCAGCAACAGCAGAAUCUGAUAUUGGAAGCUUUACACUUAUGGUUGUCUAUGUUGCUUUGGCAAUUGGAAGUUCCAUUUUCACCUUUGCCAGAGCAUUUCUAGCUGUGAUAGCCGGAUACAAGACAGCUACUGUGCUCUUCAAUAAAAUGCAUUCGUGCAUUUUUCGAGCACCAAUAUCAUUUUUUGAUGCCACCCCAAGUGGUCGAAUCCUCAAUAGAGCCUCAAAAGACCAAAGCACGCUAGAUAUGUACAUUGCAAAUAUAUUAUGGGCAAUUACCCUCAAUCUGGUUCAUCUCUUGGGAAGUAUUGUUGUGAUGUCUCAAGCUGCAUGGGAGGUGUUCAUAGUAUUGAUUCCUGUCAUGGCGGCUAGUAUUUGGUACCAGCGAUACUAUGCUGCAUCUGCAAGAGAAUUGGCACGAUUAGUUGGCACAUGCCAAGCUCCGGUUAUACAACAUUUUUCUGAAUCAAUUUCUGGAUCAACAACCAUAAGAAGUUUUGAACAAGAAUCAAGAUUUAAUGAUAUAAAUUUGAAAUUGAUAGACAGAUAUUCUCAACCCAAAUUAUACAGUGCUACUGCAAUUGAAUGGCUGAAUUUCAGAUUGGAAAUUUUAUCCACUGUCACAUUUGCCUUCUGUUUGCUAUUCUUGAUAUCUUUCCCAAAUUCAAUGACUGCUCCUGGCAUUGCGGGAUUGGCUGUGACAUAUGGACUUAAUCUAAAUGCUGUGCAAACUAAAGUAAUCUGGUUUCUUUGCGACUUGGAGAACAAAAUUAUAUCUGUUGAAAGAAUGCUUCAGUACACAUCCCUCCCAAGUGAAGCUCCCCUUGUAAUAAAAGACAACCAACCGGAUUAUUCUUGGCCAUCAUUUGGAGAGGUUCAUAUACAGGAUUUACAGGUUCGGUAUGCUCCUCACUUGCCUAUUGUUUUACGAGGUCUUACUUGCACUUUUACUGCUGGAGCAAAAACUGGUAUUGUGGGAAGAACAGGAAGUGGAAAAACAACUCUUGUGCAAACACUUCUCAGACUUAUUGAACCUUUGGCUGGAAAAAUAUUGAUAGAUAACAUCAACAUAUCUUUGAUUGGAAUUCAUGAUUUGCGGUCUAGACUCAGCAUUAUUCCUCAAGAACCAACAAUGUUUGAAGGGACUGUAAGAUCCAACCUGGAUCCCCUGGAAGAGUACAAAGAUGAACAGAUUUGGGAGGCUCUAGAUAUGUGCCGACUUGGAGAUGAUGUAAGGAAAAAAGAAGGGAAGCUGAACUCCAUAGUUACUGAGAAUGGAGAAAAUUGGAGUAUGGGUCAAAGGCAAUUGGUCUGCCUUGGCCGUGUUCUACUAAAGAAAAGCAAGAUCUUGGUGCUUGAUGAGGCUACUGCAUCAGUUGAUACAGCCACAGAUAAUAUUAUUCAGCAAACAGUUAAGCAACAGUUUUCAGAAUGCACAGUCAUUACCAUUGCUCAUAGGAUAACCUCUAUCAUAGACAGUGACAUGGUUCUAUUUUUAAAUCAAGGGUUGAUUGAGGAAUAUGAUUCACCUAAGAAACUUCUAAAGAACAAAUCUUCAUCUCUAGCUCAACUAGUGGCAGAAUACACAAAGAGGUCAAACUCUGGUUUUGGAAAUUAA